AAUCUUCACAUGUUGAUAGAUUCACAUUCACUGAUAAUAGUGAAUAUCUCAAUAUUGAAUCAUUGAUCAAAAACUUGAAGAACAUGAUAAUGAAGGAAUUAUUCAUACUAUAUAUAACUGAGUCUCUUAUAUUCUCUUCUGUCUCUUCUACUGCUGUUUCUCUCUCUGCUGCUCUCUCUCAAUCUUCUAUUCUUCUCCCUGUUUUCAGUUCUCUCACUUUCACUAUCUCUGUUCUCAUGACUCUUACUUCUGCUACUUCUUCUCUCUCUGUCUCUGCUGCUGCUUCUGCUUUUAUUAUCAGCUCUUCUUAUUUCAAGAAGAUGUUAUAUAGACUUGAUAAAUUAUGUUUCUCAAGAAUCAUUUCUCUUCUUAAUAGUGUUAAAAUCAUAAAUAUCUGUGUUUUCAGAAAUGAAAAUACAGAUAUUAUACUCUUUUACACUCAUAGAUAUGAGACUUAUACAUCUUAUCUGAGAU